AUGGAUUCUGACGUUGAAAAACUGGUUAAACAAUGCCGUGGAUGUACUUUGGUAGCAGCGCCUGAAAGACCCGAACCAAUGAUCCGCAGUAAACUACCAGUGGCACCAUGGUCAACAAUUGCGUUAGAUUUCCUAGGGCCUUUACCAGAGGGACAAUACCUGCUUGUAGUCAUUGACUGUUAUAGUCGCUUCAUGGAAGUGUGUGAGAUGAGCAGUAUUACGGCAAGUGAUGUUAUUAGAGAACUGUCUGUAAUAUUCAGUAGAUAUGGCAUUCCAAGUGUGCUGAAAGCCGAUAAUGCGCCACAGCUAAGUGCAGAAUGCAGUGAGUUCAAAGAGUUCUGUGAUGCUAAUGGAGUUAAUCUGAGAAAUACAAUACCGUAUUGGCCACAAUCAAACGGCGAAGUUGAAAGACAAAAUCGGUCAAUUCUCAAACGGUUGCGUAUAGCUCAGGAAUUAGGAUACGAUUGGAGAAAAGAACUUUCUGGUUAUUUAUUGACCUAUCUUUCUACGAAGCAACCGACUACUGCAAAAUCCCCCGGUGAAAUUAUGUAUGGGCGAAAAAUCAAAAGCAAAUUACCAGCGAUAUCAACGUUCUUUGAAGAUGAAAGUGUUCGGGAACAGGAUCAAAUCAUCAAGGAGAAGGGGAAGGAGUAUAGUGAUACAAAACGACGAGCUAAAGAUAGUGAACUAGUUGUUGGUGAUCGUGUAGUAGCAAAAAGAAUGAGGAAGAGCAAUAAGCUGGAUACUGACUAUGCUGAUGAAGAUUUCGUGAUACUUAAGAAAACAGGCGCGGAUACUAUUGUCAAAUCUACAAUAUCAGGAAAGGAAUAUCGACGUAACUCUUCUCAUUUGAAAAAGGUGACUGAGCUGAAAGAAUCAAAAGAAUCAUCUCAAAAGGAACACGUACAUGCUGAAACAAACACAAACGCCGAUAGGUUCAAGCCAUCAUCUCGGAUAAGGCAGCAACCAAUCAAAUUUAAAGAUUUUAUUCCAUACUAA